AAAUGUGAAGUUAGCUGUGGACGCAUAGAGCAUGUUUUGGUUCGCAGAAAAUGGCAGACGAAACUUUACCUGCAGGGUGGGAAAAACGCCUCAGCCGCUCUACCGGCCAGCAUUACUACUUGAACAUCUACACAAAGGAGUCGCAGUGGGACGCCCCAAGUGAGCCUGCAGAACGCGGUCAGUCGUCUGGGCCUGACCAAGUCCAGUGUUCCCAUCUGCUGGUCAAGCACAAGGACUCAAGGCGUCCGUCCUCAUGGAGGGAAGAAGUCAUCACGCGCUCCAAGGAGGAAGCUUUGGAGCUGGUGAAAACGUACCGCGAGCAGAUCGCGCAAGGAAAGGCGUCUUUUGCUGAAUUGGCCACGAAAUAUUCGGACUGUUCAUCGGCUAAGCGCGGUGGAGAUUUGGGGCCAUUCGGCAAGGGAGCCAUGCAGAAGCCUUUUGAAGAUGCGGCCUUUAGUCUUAAGGUGGGCGAGUUGUCUGAUCCAGUUUUUACAGAUUCGGGUGUUCAUAUUAUUCUGCGUACCGUCUAGGGUUGUCCCCUUUCAAAGCGGAAAAUACAAAUUUUUUGUCUAAUUGUUAACGAAUCUAAAGGGCGUUUAGGCGAUAGUUUAUCGUAGUAAUUCAUGGUGAUAACUAGCUGUUCCUUCAUGCAGAUUCUCCAGUUCAGCCAAAGUUACUGUGCUGUUUAAUAUUUCCCAUUUUCUUCAACUAAUUAGGUUAUUUAUUAAGCAAUUUUCACACGCGGUAAUUUCGAGCACAUUGCUAGCUUUUUAUUAAGGUCCCAAUUCCAGGAAUUAUAAUUUGUUAUGGCAGAUUUUCAAUUGACUGUUUUUCAAUCAUUGCAUUUAAAUAAACAUUUUUAAGUUCCUUGUUGGCAAUAAAAA